GUUCUAUUGAUCCCCUUUCACCACACACACUCUCUUAUUCUCUAUCCAUGGGCACAUGGGCUGGUACUGAGUACCCAUGGACCUCGAUGUCAUAGAUAACAGCGUCAAGUACAACGAGAUCCUUACCCAGAUCUCCGUUAAUCUUAGCAAUGCGCUGACUACUUUCGGUUCCUCCUCCAAACAAUACCAGACAGUUCUAGAAAUCCUCAAAGAUUGCCUCCGGAAUAUCGAAAGCGAUCGAAAACAGACCUCUCUUUCUUUGGAUCCGGAUACACUGAGUCUGGCAAUGGGUUUCUUGGAAAUUGGGAAGUAGGCCCUCUCUACCGACUAAAGUACUCAGAGUCCACGCCCUAUCCAAUAUUAGUAUCUGGACAACUUUUGAGAUAUGACGGGGGCUGAGGGGGCAGUAGAUUAUGACUACCGCUUUCUGGGAGACAAGAAAGACUGGUCGGGAUAAGAUAAAAAGCCUUACCUUACUGCGGAUGCACGCCUGAUAUUCGCAUGUAGGAAAGAAGCAUGUAUCCAGACCUGAAUUGCCUCCUAAACUGAUGCACAGAGUACCUAGCCGAGCUUUUGUCCUGUUGUUUAUCUCCCACU